ACAGCUAAUUACUCCUGGCCUUUUUAUCCAAUUGCUAACCAGGCAUUGUAUGGUUACGACCAAGCAGCCGACAAAUCUUUCAAAAGCGAGAAAAUCCCAAAUGGCGUCAGAACUCAGGUGGAAGAUGGAAUCCAGGCUCUGUUUGUGCCUGCAGGAGAAGAAGUCGACCUUGGUGACUUUGCUGGUACGUGCAUCAGUAAUCCAUUUCUCUGUCAGAAUUUUACAGUGUCAUUUCUCUUUAAAACUGGAGCCGAUAAAGAUCUAAAGGUCCUGAAUUCGGGCUUGCGUGCUGAUGACCAAACAUAUGAGUACGAGUAUGGCUGGUCAUUUGAGAUUUCUCCCUAUUCUGGCAGUGCUAAAGUGACAUUCCCCUGUGAUGGCGCGGGCAGCGAACUGGCGGCUCGCAAUUCUUGGAUUCAAAUAGUUUUUACUUUUGAUUACGGAAUAAUAACCAACGUAGUCCUCUAUCAAAAUUAUAAUGGCACACUAGUAAACAGUCUGUUGGUAUCGGAACAUAGUUAUGUGGAUCAAGAUCGGAACACGCGUCUGAAGCUUGGCUCCACAUCCAACACAAAAGGGUUCUUUAUAAGCAACCUAAACUUUAUUGGAAUUAAGCUGAGUGUAGAAGAAAUUCAAGAACUUGGGAACAGGAGUUUUAAAGAAGGNUUACGGAAUAAUAACCAACGUAGUCCUCUAUCAAAAUUAUAAUGGCACACUAGUAAACAGUCUGUUGGUAUCGGAACAUAGUUAUGUGGAUCAAGAUCGGAACACGCGUCUGAAGCUUGGCUCCACAUCCAACACAAAAGGGUUCUUUAUAAGCAACCUAAACUUUAUUGGAAUUAAGCUGAGUGUAGAAGAAAUUCAAGAACUUGGGAACAGGAGUUUUAAAGAAGGUAUGAUGAAGGGUCCGUUAUUAAAUGAAGUAUAACUUAAAUCCUUUUGCAGGGUAAUUGUUUUAAGCAAGACAGAAUAAAUGGACAGAGAAAGAAACGCUAAUUCUAGCCCUUAGGAGAUGAGAAUUUCACCAAAGUUAUGUUUAGACCAAUGAAACACUUGAAAUUAAUCGGAAAUAAUUUUUCGCAGAGGUCCGCAAAGUUUUGUUUGGUCUUAGAAUUCAACAGUGGCCAUUAAAAUAUUCUGCAUUGUUUGUUGUGAGGAAGUCAGUCGCCAGUGGACUUGAUGACGUUUUAAACAAUGGAUAAAAAUGUGCGGACGUCUCAGGAAUUAGGCUUUCGUUCCAUUACAUCCUGUUAAAAUAACUCAGCCAACGCCCGAAGAUUCCAUCUCUGGUCCAUUAUUCUCUCUUGUUGCGUUCGACGUAAGGAGAACGCAACACAUAAUCUUGGGAUUCCUGUGGUACUCAAGGGUGACCUUUUGUAGUACUCAUUUCGUCGUACGUCUGCAUUUUCUGCGCCAUUUUGAAUAAUUUAUCUCGUGGGCACAAAAAUGUUAAAAAUAAUUGAUUUAACUUAUGGUCUUAGCAAUUUGGUUGCGUAGCGUAAUGCAUAAUGCGUUGCUCUUUAUACACGUCGACUCUCUUGACGUCGAAUGUCUUGGGUUCCACUCCUGCCCAUUGAGACUUUUUUCUUUUUUUCUCGUAGUCGUUUUGCUUUGUUUUGUUUCUUUUUUUCAAAAAAAACAUAUAGGAAGCGUUUUGCAGCACCAGUUUAUUAGGAAAUAACGUCACAUUUGAGAGUAAACCUGAAAAAGCUCGAACGCAGUUCCCAACCUACGAUUACCACUAGUUUUAAGUAGAUAAAUGAUCUAGUCUGGCUUAAAAGUCCACCAGACCCAAAGGUCUGUUAGAGAGCCGAUUAUGCAGUACAUUCCGAUUUGGUUAAAGACUAAGAUCAUGAGUUUUGUCUGGCUACGGGGAUUAAGUCCGCGGAUUCCCGCUCUGCAGUUUUUAACAUACAGUUCAAUGAAAACACAAUAGUUCAAUAUAACCACGCCGGAAGUUCAAUAACGGCACAUUUGCUCAAUGUCAUGUCACUCAAAAAGCAUAAUAUAGAGCAUUUAUCUCCCUAAAGCUACCAACUCGUUAAUUUAAGGAGAAAUUUGAAAGUCCAAUUAUUUCUCAAACUGCGGCCUAAGUUAGCCCGAGGACAGCCGUCGCCUCUCUCAAACAAAAACCAGGGUUGCCACUGUCAGGGAAAAGUCAGGGAAAGACGAAAAGUUUUCAAGGUCAGGGAAAAGUCAGGGAAUUUGUUAAAAAGUCAAGGAAAAUCUUUGAUAUUGUCAAAGUCAGUGAAAAGUCAGGGAAUUCUGUUUUCCGGUUUAUAGUUCAUAAGUUUUCUUCAAGACUUUGACAUGCAUUUUCUUUCGGAAAAGAUGAAAAGUAUACUGCAAAGCAAGCAAAGCGAUCAAUUUUAACACUGUAUGCCUGACACAUGUAGUAGUUGUGGUCCGUGGUUUUCGUUGUAAAUGCUUUCUUCCAAAUUCCUUCUUCCCCUUUCCGCGAAAAGCGGAAAGAGGUUGAAAAUGAAGAGAAAAAUAUCGAUGGCCUGCAAAAAAAGCUAAAGUGAAUGUAAACCUUGAUUGUUUCUCAUUAAUAAAAGGUCAGUGAAAACUGUUUAAAGAUCAGUGAUAAGUCAGGGAAAAGUCAGGGAAAUUUUAACUUUCUGAUGAGUGGUAACCGCGAUAAACGUCUCCCUACUUGAUUAUGUUUGAGGGGAGGAGGAGGCUGUAAGCAGCCUAGCCUAAGCUAGACUCGAUCGGUUUGAUUAACGAGUCUUAGAGGUCUAUACAAGAGAAUGUAGAAUGCAUUGAUGUAUUCACUACAAUUUAUUUCGCCAAUAGCAAUGGAGGCAAAGAAUGUCACAAUUGAGAUUCUAGAAGCUCAAGUAAUAAUACCAGCAGAUGCUGGCAUGGCAGUGAUACGCAUGCGCCGUCAGGGAUUUCUUGCUAUUGCUACUGCAGUGAAGUAAGUACUGAAACAGUCCAUGCUAAAAAGGGGAAAAAUAGAAGAAUGUAGCUCCUAAUGUGGUACGGCCAAAAGAAGGUGAAUUCUUAUUGUGGUAUAGUUCGUGGUUUGUAAAUGGCAAUGACGUUUUUAUGGUCUCGAGCCAGGCUUUUUGGUAGAGGAAAAAAAACAAAUGAGCCUUUUUUCCCCACUAACGAACCGGGUCCGAGGCUAACUUUGUCGGCGUCCAUGAGUUGUGUUUUAAAAACUAGCCGGUAUAAUCACUAAACAGUCUCAAAAUGACGGUCCUCCGAGGUGUUUUUAAUCAAUGGUAGUCUUUACACUAGAGCAUAAAUAAGCUAAGAAAUAUUUCAAGACAAAUAAAUUUUAAUUACCUCAAGUUUACUAAAGCUUCACACACAACCGGUUCUUUUUUACUUCAGGUUAUUUCCCCACGCAACAAAAUUAAGAUUGAUUGACAUGUCUCGCUUUUAUCAAAGCUCAAGAAACCGCAAAACCUCAAGUCAGCUAAGUCGGUCAUAAGGAUGGUUUUCAAGUCGCUUGAAACUUUCUUGAAUCGUUUCAACUUUCCGACUUUAAUGAGAUGCAAAGCAAAGUUACUUGAGAUUUUACUUAGGCCUUCACACGAAUUUUUGGUUAAGCAAAACUUAGCGGCUCUUAAGUCUUACUUAACAGCCUAGUGUAAAGACAACCAGUGUUAUCAAUUUCAGCACUGAAGAAUACGUACCAACUCCGGGGGGUGGAUGAUCAUAAGUGAGACCUCUCGUCUGGGGCUAUGCUAUGCUAAUGAGUCCUAAUGAGGACGAAACAGCUGUCCAUGGCUGCCACUGCCUGGGUGAUAUGGUUGUGCGCAUGCGUAAGGUACUCGGGCCAUAUCGCGGAGUUGAUACGUGUGCUACAGUGCUGAAAUUGGAAUUGUUUGAUUUUAUGCUUGAUAUAGAUGAGAACGUUGUCAGACGGGACUCCUUAAAACGUUUUCAGUGUUUUGCUGUCCUUGGUGCGGCAGUACAUACGCAUGGUGCCCAUUUGGUCAGGAUGUACGUGUUACCCCACGGAGGGUUGACAAGUUUAAAUUUAAGAGUUCAUAGCAUUAUUGUAUGAGACUGAGUAUGAUCUGAAGAGUUAUCCAGUUCGUAGGGACCAGUUAUUCGUCGGCCUCGGCGAAUCACUCCCUGCUAUAGAUUUACAAUAAUUCAUACAUUAGAAACAAACUUAUAUUCUUACCUCGAGCGAUGUAAAGUUACCUUCUUGGCAAAUUACGGAUUUAAAGAGAUUGUUUACUCCAGCCGAUGUUGCACAAAAAUCAGUUGCAUACGUUGAGUUAUAUCUUUGCUGUUUUUCGCCAUGUUUUUAGGCAUUAGUUCUGCUAUCUUCUUCGCAAAAUGUGUGAAAUUUUCCGCUAUUUUCUCAAGCACUACGUACACCAAGACAGCCAAGCUAGCGCAACUUCNUAUUGUAUGAGACUGAGUAUGAUCUGAAGAGUUAUCCAGUUCGUAGGGACCAGUUAUUCGUCGGCCUCGGCGAAUCACUCCCUGCUAUAGAUUUACAAUAAUUCAUACAUUAGAAACAAACUUAUAUUCUUACCUCGAGCGAUGUAAAGUUACCUUCUUGGCAAAUUACGGAUUUAAAGAGAUUGUUUACUCCAGCCGAUGUUGCACAAAAAUCAGUUGCAUACGUUGAGUUAUAUCUUUGCUGUUUUUCGCCAUGUUUUUAGGCAUUAGUUCUGCUAUCUUCUUCGCAAAAUGUGUGAAAUUUUCCGCUAUUUUCUCAAGCACUACGUACACCAAGACAGCCAAGCUAGCGCAACUUCGUCACAGAUCUUCUAGGUUGCCGUGCCUUUUCUUGCAAUUACCCUGUAGCACUGAUGUCAUUUUAUCGGAUGUUGCAAACGCCUUCAAAAAUUAAGUCAACGUCGACUGAUUGUGAAGAAUCAGUCGGGGGAUUUGUGCCAAUCAGAAACAGAAUUUUUUCGUUGAAUUAAUAGUGACACCUAUUGUCUGUGUUGUACUUUCUUAAGCUAUGAUAUGAAAAGCUUUACAGCGGAAGCAAACAAACACUACAAGGCUGCUGCUGGGGAGCAACUGGCAUUUGCUCCGGGAGAGAUUUACAAGGAAGUUAAAAUUGGUAUCAUUAACAUGGAUAACAGCUUUGAAGGCAACAAAACCUUUCAAGUCAUUUUCUCACGUUCUCAGCGGUCCGUGUCGAUGAAAGGACCGCAGCAGGUCAAUGUAACUAUUAUGUACACUAAAGGUAAGGGGACAAUUCCAUCAUAUAUACCUUUUUUUUUUUUUAAACCGGGCUACUAAAAAAUGUCAGUCUCUCUCCCAGUGAUUGUCGAUUUAAUGACCCUUUUUUUACGGGAAAAGGAAACUCUUACCAGGAAAUAUAUAUUGUAUUCAUCAUGCACUCACGCGAAGCUUUCUUUCUUAGGCUGGAAAAUAGGACAUUUUACGGAUUUGUUUCAUUAUCAGCGUCGCCGAUUGCAAAGCCAUUCCCCCAAUUUAACCCAAUUUUGCUAUGCCAUUGGCCUCCCAAAUACAAUCCCAAACACCAUUUCUCGAAGACAAGGAACGAAAAAACGGAUUUACCGGACGUCAAAGGUGAACAAAGCCGAUACCAUGUUUGACUUAACCUUUGACCCGCGUCAAAAGUGCAGUAAAUCCAAUUUUUCGUCCCGUGAGAAAAGAGGUCCAACAACCUCUAAUUCAACUGCUUGCUGACUUGAAAACAUUAGCAACAGCAUGUUUUAUUGCUGACAUGAAAAUUGCACCAAGAAACUGCAAAGGCCAAGCGCAGUAAAACCUACCCCCUGCAAUUUAACCAGGCUACCCCAAAUACACACCAGCUGAUAGCCCUGUGCCUGUGCAACCAGCUGACCCCCACCUGGACAGAGACACUGAGCCCAGGGAAACAGGAAUAAGCCGCGGUCGAAAUUUCAGUACAGCCACAGUCCAGUACAAACCUGGAAUUUAACCAGGAUACACCAAAUGCAUACCAGCUAAGAACGACGUCCCUGUGCAACAAGCUAACACCCACCUUGACGACAGCCCUCUUUCUCAAAAAACGAUUGCUUGCUCAACGGGGGAAACAGGGUGGCCCGAACCUUCUCGAACAAUUUUUCAAGAAGUUCUAAGAAUCGAGCAAGGAAGCAUAGAAAGGCGGCAAAAGCCGGCUAGACAUGGAUAAGGGUGUGAAAAACAAACACGGGAUCUACGCCAAAACGGUUGUAAACACCACAAAGAAACCAGGAGAAACACACAGACACUUGAUCCACAGUGCAAGGAGGGGAUAGACUUUGCAAGAGAUGGAAACGAAACCAACUGAAAACCACCAUCCUCACGAUGAUGAAUCACUACAUCAAAAGCGACCAGAUCCUUCUUACCUGCCCAGAAAAAGUUCAACAAAGCGGGGUUCAACUCAUGCAACACCCAAGAAGGCGUGGAAACAAGAGAAGCAGCGUACCAGAUGCAGCACAGCGUCAGAGCGUUGGAAACCAUAGCGCGACCACCAUACGACAAAGAGCGGUGGCGUCAAGAAAGCACUUCUGCACCGCAUCAAAUCGAGGCUCCCAGUUCACCUCACUCAAAUCACUAUUUCCAAUAAAUCCCGAGAACUUUGAUCUUCGUGGACGUCCGAAUAAUCUUAGAGACCUUAAGCAACGACGACGACGACGACGGCAGUGAAAACGUCCUAAAAAAACGAAUUUGCGUUCUUUCAAAUUAGUGGCGUCUAUUUGGACCCGCUCAAUAUAUAUGUCAAAUGCAGGCAACUUUUCCUGGAAAUGUAUUCUUAAGGAUUUUAUCCAAGUUUAAAAAGGAGAAGGAAAAUUCGUCGUCGUAUGUCCACGUCCUCUAUAAAACGUCAAAUUAGGAGGUUUCACGUCGUAUUCGUGCAGUGGACGUCAAGGAAAUGUACUAAAAAGCGUGAUGUACGUGCAUAGCUGUUGUUUUGAUCAUUAAACCUAUUGUUUUAUGAAGUUGUCGUCGUCGUCGUCGACGUAGUUGCUUAAGCUCCCUAUUAACAGGCCAGCGAAUCGGUACCUCCACGCCACGCCACAUCCCCAGCCACACGCCCUCGCACUUAAAAAGAUUUUUAAAAAAAGCUUCGAACCCGAACCCUUCUCAAACACAACGUAAGUAUCCAAGGUAGCACGAAUGGCACUGUCAGUAGAAACGACAGCGGAAGUAUCAUCGGCAUACAGCGACAGAACCGGGAGAAGAGAAGGAGAGCAAGGCAGCCUUAACCUCACAAUUUCCUCGUGGGCACGGAUAUUAGGGACUUUAAGAUCCAACGACGCGAGGCAACGAAAACGUCGCUUAAAAAGUGAAUUUGUGUUCUUGCAGUCUUUAUCGCAAUUAUUCCUACCCACUUACUUUGUCAAAUGUAGGCGGACCCCCCUGGAGUUGAAUUCCUUGGGAACGUGAUAUCCAAGUUCAGAAAGAGAAAUAAAAUUUCGUCUUUGCUUGUUUACGUAGUCCAUAAACCGCGAAAUUAGGCAUUUUCAAGUCGCAGUCGCGCAAGAGAAGGUUUCAAAGACGGUGAUACAUAACCGUCAACAAGAAUAGAACUACGAAUAUCCGUAUACAGAAGUUUAACCCUGCUAAUAAGAGAGGGGCUGAAGCCCGGCCAUAGACAAAAGGGUACGCAAAAGGCAAAGACCAAUCAAUCGAAGGCCUUCUCUUGGUCCAAAGACAAAAUGGCACGAAGUAAAGCAACGUUUUCUACAAUUUAACGGGAAGGCACUCCACAACGAUGUAAAUCACCUGUGGCACUGUGCUACUGAUAUUGCAUCAAAGAUAUCAUCUUUUGAAUACAUAACUUACCAGAAUAGAUUAUACACUGGCCAACCUCAGUUGAUCACAUUACCGAAGUUUACCUAGUUAUUUUGGAGCAGGUUAGAUGUAAUCAAAAACUCAUAACUGAGACGUUCUUUGUGGUAGAAGAGCAAUACGUACCAUGAAUGCCAAACGUAUCUUGAAAGUUUAAUAAUCUGUUGUGUUCCCCAUUCCUUUUUUCAAGGUACUGUCCGAUCAAAAGCAGCCAUCACAGAUGGUAUGUAUUCAAUGUAA